AUGGUAGCCUUUCUGUUCUGGGCGGGGUCCCGGAAAUGGCUUAGUGGCCAGGAUUUCCACCUAGAUCUCCUUUUAUGUACUGUUGCUGGAGCUGUUGCUGGAGCUGUUGCUGGAGCUGUUGCUGGAGCUGUUGCUGGAGCUGUUGCUGGAGCUGUUGCUGGAGCUGUUGCUGGAGCUGUUGCUGGAGCUGUUGCUGGAGCUGUUGCUGGAGCUGUUGCUGGAGCUGUUGCUGGAGCUGUUGCUGGAGCUGUUGCUGGAGCUGUUGCUGGAGCUGUUGCUGGAGCUGUUGCUGGAGCUGUUGCUGGAGCUGUUGCUGGAGCUGUUGCUGGAGCUGUUGCUGGAGCUGUUGCUGGAGCUGUUGCUGGAGCUGUUGCUGGAGCUGUUGCUGGAGCUGUUGCUGGAGCUGUUGCUGGAGCUGUUGCUGGAGCUGUUGCUGGAGCUGUUGCUGGAGCUGUUGCUGGAGCUGUUGCUGGAGCUGUUGCUGGAGCUGUUGCUGGAGCUGUUGCUGGAGCUGUUGCUGGAGCUGUUGCUGGAGCUGUUGCUGGAGCUGUUGCUGGAGCUGUUGCUGGAGCUGUUGCUGGAGCUGUUGCUGGAGCUGUUGCUGGAGCUGUUGCUGGAGCUGUUGCUGGAGCUGUUGCUGGAGCUGUUGCUGGAGCUGUUGCUGGAGCUGUUGCUGGAGCUGUUGCUGGAGCUGUUGCUGGAGCUGUUGCUGGAGCUGUUGCUGGAGCUGUUGCUGGAGCUGUUGCUGGAGCUGUUGCUGGAGCUGUUGCUGGAGCUGUUGCUGGAGCUGUUGCUGGAGCUGUUGCUGGAGCUGUUGCUGGAGCUGUUGCUGGAGCUGUUGCUGGAGCUGUUGCUGGAGCUGUUGCUGGAGCUGUUGCUGGAGCUGUUGCUGGAGCUGUUGCUGGAGCUGUUGCUGGAGCUGUUGCUGGAGCUGUUGCUGGAGCUGUUGCUGGAGCUGUUGCUGGAGCUGUUGCUGGAGCUGUUGCUGGAGCUGUUGCUGGAGCUGUUGCUGGAGCUGUUGCUGGAGCUGUUGCUGGAGCUGUUGCUGGAGCUGUUGUUGGAGCUGUUGUUGGAGCUAUUGUUGGAGCUAUUGUUGGAGCUAUUGUUGGAGCUAUUCCCGAGAGGGCUGUCGCCUCUCCGGCUGAGAAGCCCGAGAGGGCUGUCGCCUCUCCGGCUGAGAAGCCCGAGAGGGCUGUCGCCUCUCCGGCUGAGAAGCCCGAGAGGGCUGUCGCCUCUCCGGCUGAGAAGCCCGAGAGGGCUGUCGCCUCUCCGGCUGAGAAGCCCGAGAGGGCUGUCGCCUCUCCGGCUGAGAAGCCCGAGAGGGCUGUCGCCUCUCCGGCUGAGAAGCCCGAGAGGGCUGUCGCCUCUCCGGCUGAGAAGCCCGAGAGGGCUGUCGCCUCUCCGGCUGAGAAGCCCGAGAGGGCUGUCGCCUCUCCGGCUGAGAAGCCCGAGAGGGCUGUCGCCUCUCCGGCUGAGAAGCCCGAGAGGGCUGUCGCCUCUCCGGCUGAGAAGCCCGAGAGGGCUGUCGCCUCUCCGGCUGAGAAGCCCGAGAGGGCUGUCGCCUCUCCGGCUGAGAAGCCCGAGAGGGCUGUCGCCUCUCCGGCUGAGAAGCCCGAGAGGGCUGUCGCCUCUCCGGCUGAGAAGCCCGAGAGGGCUGUCGCCUCUCCGGCUGAGAAGCCCGAGAGGGCUGUCGCCUCUCCGGCUGAGAAGCCCGAGAGGGCUGUCGCCUCUCCGGCUGAGAAGCCCGAGAGGGCUGUCGCCUCUCCGGCUGAGAAGCCCGAGAGGGCUGUCGCCUCUCCGGCUGAGAAGCCCGAGAGGGCUGUCGCCUCUCCGGCUGAGAAGCCCGAGAGGGCUGUCGCCUCUCCGGCUGAGAAGCCCGAGAGGGCUGUCGCCUCUCCGGCUGAGAAGCCCGAGAGGGCUGUCGCCUCUCCGGCUGAGAAGCCCGAGAGGGCUGUCGCCUCUCCGGCUGAGAAGCCCGAGAGGGCUGUCGCCUCUCCGGCUGAGAAGCCCGAGAGGGCUGUCGCCUCUCCGGCUGAGAAGCCCGAGAGGGCUGUCGCCUCUCCGGCUGAGAAGCCCGAGAGGGCUGUCGCCUCUCCGGCUGAGAAGCCCGAGAGGGCUGUCGCCUCUCCGGCUGAGAAGCCCGAGAGGGCUGUCGCCUCUCCGGCUGAGAAGCCCGAGAGGGCUGUCGCCUCUCCGGCUGAGAAGCCCGAGAGGGCUGUCGCCUCUCCGGCUGAGAAGCCCGAGAGGGCUGUCGCCUCUCCGGCUGAGAAGCCCGAGAGGGCUGUCGCCUCUCCGGCUGAGAAGCCCGAGAGGGCUGUCGCCUCUCCGGCUGAGAAGCCCGAGAGGGCUGUCGCCUCUCCGGCUGAGAAGCCCGAGAGGGCUGUCGCCUCUCCGGCUGAGAAGCCCGAGAGGGCUGUCGCCUCUCCGGCUGAGAAGCCCGAGAGGGCUGUCGCCUCUCCGGCUGAGAAGCCCGAGAGGGCUGUCGCCUCUCCGGCUGAGAAGCCCGAGAGGGCUGUCGCCUCUCCGGCUGAGAAGCCCGAGAGGGCUGUCGCCUCUCCGGCUGAGAAGCCCGAGAGGGCUGUCGCCUCUCCGGCUGAGAAGCCCGAGAGGGCUGUCGCCUCUCCGGCUGAGAAGCCCGAGAGGGCUGUCGCCUCUCCGGCUGAGAAGCCCGAGAGGGCUGUCGCCUCUCCGGCUGAGAAGCCCGAGAGGGCUGUCGCCUCUCCGGCUGAGAAGCCCGAGAGGGCUUACAAGGAAUAUUCUUAA